AUGGGAAACUUGGGUACCGCAGCAUAUCCGACAAGGACUUACGAACCGGUUUCAACAUUGCCCAGGAACAAUACAUUCAAGCGUGGUACCUCCGUUGUGGAAUCGACUGAAAAAGACCAUAGACCCCGUGCAUAUGCCACAGUCCAGCAUUCCGGGAACCGUCGUGCUCGACCAGCUCUUCGUUAUGAAGAUGAAAUGGAAUUCUCACACGGUAUGCAAAGAACAAACACAUUUGGUCCACCUCCCGAAGAGCAGCAAUGGAUAGGUGGCUCGUUUACACAAUCUUUCGUGGUACCACACAUACGGGAAAUAUACUACGAAGUGGCACCGCAAAUGCCACUGAACCUUUUUUCUUAUUCCACAUUCAGUAUGAAGACAACCGUGGGUCGCACAAAUAUAACCAGUAAUUCUCCAUUGGACCUAUACAACAGUUAUUCGAACGAGUUAAAUCGUAUGCGCGAUCCUGGUCGGCAUUCCGGGAGAGAAUUCGCUGACUUCAAGGAGACUCAACAACAGCCGCACAGACAAAAACGAAAUCCGCACGAUAGAUACAAGAAAUCUUUUCAGUCGGUCGAUAACCGGAAAUCCCUGACAACUUUUGGAAUCCCGCAGAUCAAUAGUGAAGCUGCCGAGGUCAGGGAAUCUCGUAUCCCCCGGAGAACUGAGCGGAAUUUGAGAGCGACAACGGAAGCCCCACUGCAAUCGUGGCUUCGGACAGAAGAGACAGGAGUGAUUUCACAAGAUUGGGAGAUCUGA